AUGGUUAUUUUACCAUUACAAACUACUAAAAAUAUGUUUCUCAGAAGUACAGUAAAGCCUGAUAGUAGUGACUCUCUGCGUAUUAAAACAUACUUAGAGAAACUAUUUCAAUUUCUAUUACAAUACCUGAACGUUGCACCAUCACUAUUUUUAGUGUAUAGUUUCUUUUCCAUGCCUAGAAGACAUAUUCCAUACUUUACAUAUCUUUUGAGAAUGCCUUUAUCUGUAGAAAUUCUAUCAGGUAUUCUAAAAGACCAGUAA